GAUCGUGUGUGCAUCCACCACCCACUUCGUUCCUAGGCGCGAAGCGUGGGCAGCGUCGCUGGUCAGCCCUGGAGGCGUCCCUCGUGCCCAUCUUCGGUAGCGUCGCGCAUCGCGUCGCGGACGUUAUAUCUGGCGUCGCGACGCCCUCGGGCCUCAGCCGCUCCUCAGCCGCCCGCCGAUUCACAACUCACCCCCACGAGAAACUAAAACAGUAGCAAGAUGUGUGACGACGAAGUAGCCGCUCUUGUGGUAGACAAUGGCUCCGGCAUGUGCAAAGCUGGUUUUGCCGGAGAUGACGCUCCUCGCGCCGUCUUCCCCUCGAUUGUCGGCCGACCCCGUCAUCAGGGUGUUAUGGUCGGUAUGGGUCAAAAGGAUAGCUACGUAGGCGACGAGGCCCAGAGCAAAAGAGGUAUCCUGACUUUGAAAUACCCGAUCGAGCACGGUAUCAUCACUAAUUGGGAUGACAUGGAGAAGAUCUGGCAUCACACCUUCUACAACGAAUUGCGUGUCGCUCCCGAGGAACACCCGGUCCUCCUUACCGAAGCACCUCUGAACCCGAAAGCUAACCGUGAAAAGAUGACACAGAUUAUGUUUGAAACCUUCAACAGCCCGGCUAUGUACGUUGCUAUUCAGGCCGUCCUUUCCCUAUACGCCUCCGGUCGUACCACCGGUAUCGUUUUGGACUCCGGUGACGGUGUCUCUCACACCGUACCCAUCUACGAAGGUUACGCUCUUCCUCAUGCCAUCCUCCGUCUGGACUUGGCCGGACGCGAUCUUACCGACUACCUCAUGAAGAUCCUCACCGAGAGAGGCUACAGCUUCACCACCACGGCUGAGCGAGAAAUCGUGCGCGACAUCAAGGAAAAGCUCUGCUACGUCGCCCUGGACUUUGAACAGGAAAUGGCCACCGCUGCCGCCAGCACUUCUCUCGAGAAGAGCUACGAGUUGCCUGAUGGUCAGGUCAUCACCAUCGGUAACGAGAGGUUCCGUACUCCCGAGGCCCUCUUCCAGCCUUCCUUCUUGGGUAUGGAAUCUUGUGGUAUCCACGAGACCGUCUACAACUCCAUCAUGAAGUGCGACGUCGAUAUCCGUAAGGAUCUCUAUGCCAACAACGUCCUCUCUGGUGGUACCACCAUGUAUCCCGGUAUCGCUGAUCGUAUGCAAAAGGAAAUUACUGCUCUCGCACCUUCGACCAUCAAGAUCAAAAUCAUCGCUCCACCCGAAAGGAAGUACUCCGUAUGGAUCGGCGGUUCCAUCUUGGCCUCCCUGUCUACCUUCCAACAGAUGUGGAUCUCCAAACAAGAGUAUGACGAGUCCGGCCCUGGCAUCGUCCACCGCAAAUGCUUCUAAGCGCGUCGUUACACAAUCAUCGACGCAACGGUGCAAUCUUUGUCGAAAGAAUAUCGUCCUAAUUCGGGGAGAGUGCAUGCCGUUCUGCCUCAAGCAAUCAAGCUGCUACGAGAUACAUCAUUAUCGACUCUCAAUCAUAAAGGGAUCUCAUCGAAUCGUCAUUGUCGUGGCCUCGCUCAUCGUUGCGUAAAUAACAACGGCCUGGCUGAUCAUCUCCGUCGUCGCAGUUUUUAAUAAACCUGCGCACGACGACAUCAUCACUCACUUGGCAUCAUCAUCACGGCCGAGGUAGCGGUCGGUGGUAUUGACUCUCGUCUUCAGGACUUCGCUCGUUGUAGCCUGGACGUAGCCGGGUAUGAGAAAGUCUUCUUGAAGGGAUACACGAAGGAGAUCAGGUGCAUCUUUCUCUCGCGAAAGGAACACUCUGGACAGUAAGGACACGCAAGAGUCUUGACGGAUUGUACUUGGCAACGAAUUCGAGACUACUUCGGGAAGGUCGCGCUUUAUUCACUGUCGCGCGAGUGUUCUACAUCACCGUCCGAGAAAUUAAUUGUCUCUCAAUACGUAUUGCAUAUAAUUAUGUCUAGUCUGCUAACUAAAGCAAUUAAGUUCUACCAAUGUGUACUUCUAUACUUUAACUUAUUUUGUAAAUAUUACACUAUAUUAUUAUAAAUAUUGUUAUACGAUGUCAAAGUCAAGUCAAAUAUACAUUAUGUCACUCCACA